AUUGUGGAAGGAGAGCUCACACACAAAUGAAGUACAUAAGAAUAAAUAUACUUACUGAAACUCAAGUUCCAGGGAAUCAGACACCGGCCUCUAGACAGCUGCACUCACCUGCAUGCAUAUAUACACACACACACACACACACACACACACACACACACACCACCUGCCUCUGCUUCCCAAGUGCUGGGAUUAAAGGCGUGUGCCACCACACCCUGGCUUUUUUUUAGGGGAUAGGGCAAUGGCUCACUGCAAAAGUGCUUGUUAUGGGGUGGUGGUUUGUGGGUUUGAGCCCCACGUUGGGUGCCAAGUGAAGGCAGGUCAAGGAAAUCCAUGGACGCCCAAAUAAAGAAUGACAGAUAUUUGGGGAACACAUAGUGAAGGCAAAUAGCCACUUGGGGCUUCUGCCCCUAGAGAUGCAGGAUGCUCACACCACAACCCAAGAGCCAGAGGGCAGCCCCUCCUCUUAGAAGGGAUCAUAUCCUCACACCGAAGCCACACCCUAAGGCGGUGCCUCAAAUCUACUGGUGGCACAAGAUGCCACUACAUGCAGACCUGGACGCAAAUCCUCAGUAAUGCCAGGGGUGGCAUGCAUCAGCCUAUGAUCCUAGUUCUCGGGGCAGAGACAGGCAGAUCUACCGGGAGCGCUCUGGCCAGUCAGCCAAGCCAAACGGGAGCAUUAGUCAAAACAAGUGGAGGUCUCUUCGUAGGCACACAGCCACAAAGUUGUUUUUUUAAAUAGUUACUAAGAAAACUGCCAAGUUGGUCAAACAAGCAACCUAUCCAUUUUUUCCAAGUAGGUAUGGGAAAGUGAACAACCCAGACAGCGCCCCUAGAAGGCUAACUCGGAUCGGGUGUCAGCACCCCGCAGGCCCCGCCCCCCGGCCUAAGUACCCGCCAGUGAGCAGCGCGAGGGACCGGAGUCGCUAUGCCGCCGUGUUCCAGGACCAGCACGCAGAGUUCUCGGAGCUCCAGCACCACGUGGGCGUCACGCAGGCCAAGCUCCAGCAGCUGGAGGCCCUGCUGAAGUCACUGCCCCCACCACGAAGCCAGAAGGAGGCUCACGUGGCAGCUCGGGUCCGGAGAGAGUUUGAGAAGAAGCGGGCGGAUCCUGGCUUCCUGGAUAAGCAGGCUCGCUGUCACUACCUGAAGGGCAAACUGAGGCACCUCAAGGCCCAGAUCCGAAAAUUCGAUGAUCAAGGGGACAGUGAUAGCCAGGAUUCAGUCUACUUCUGAGUGUCCUGGAGACGGUGGUGGCUUCUCCUCCUCCCAUGGGGAACCAAGUCCUGUUGAGAGUCCCAGAGAAUAAACAUGGAUUAGGCACCUAC